CCUCUCUCUCUCUCUCUCUUUCUCUCUCUCUCUCUCUCUCUCCGAGUAGAAAGCUCAGUGUGCUCCUCCUCCCUGUUCAACUGUGCAGUCAGCAGUGGGACACUGUGAUAGAGGGAAGGAGGAAAAGAGAAUACAAGAGAGCCAGAGCGAGUGAUCGGAGGAGGAAGGACUCUCCCGUCGUUGCUCAGGAUGAAGGGAUGACACAUUUUGCACGCUUGUUUACGGGACUAUUUGUUCUGAGCCCAGCUCUCUCCAUCCUGCCCGCUCCUCCUCUGGACGAAAGCUUCAGUGAAAGCCCCGCAGCAGUGAUGAGCUCUCUGACCUCUGACUGUCCGGAGCCUCAGGGACUUCUCUGACCAGUGGAACCCAGUUUGGAGUGCUUUUUCUCAGCCGUGAAGCAGCAGGAAUUCCCCUCUUUAAUCCCUUGAAUCGUCGUUCUCUCAGUUUUUCUCUCUGAGCCCACCUGACUUCAGCAUCCCUCACUACAGCAUGUUCGGACUAAAGCCUCCUCUCUACUAUCUGUCUGGCAUGAGCCAUGAGCCAAAGUCGCCAUCGUUAGGGAUGAUCUCCACGGCAACCCGCACCACGGCGACCGUCAGCCCCCUCACCCCCUCCCCCAUCAAUGGAGUAGUGGUGGCCAAUGGGAGCCCAGUGUCUCAGUCUGCUCACUCCGGAUUCGCUGCUGCUCUCCGCAAACUGGCCAAACAGGCAGAGGAGCCGCGAGGCCCCGCCUCCAUCAGUGGUGAAUCGUCACCAGUUUCCUCCCCAGCCACCAAUCACAGCUCUCCAGCAGGUACGCCUAAGCGGGGUCCUCUGGCUCCACCCCCUGGGGCCCACAGUGUGUCCAGCACCCCACCAGUGGUCACCAUCGCACCGACCAAAACAGUUAACGGUCUGUGGAGGAGUGAGGGGAGACAGUCUGAAGCAGGGCUGAGAGGACCUGGACGUGAUCCUGGACGUGUGGCCUCAGACCCCCCUGCUCCCCCUCCUCCUGCCACCCACGAGAAGAGCCCUGCCUCUCUUCCUCCUCACCUCAUAGGGGCGCCCUUCCCUUUUGGUCUGAGCACCAAUGCAGUAAUGCAGGACCCUCGUCUGCAAGCACUAAAUUUGUCCCGUCAGGUGCCUCAUGUCCUGCAGUCCGGGGCGGGACCCGCAGGGGUCCCAGAGGAAUACCUGCGGGGUGGCUUUCGCCCCUACUCCUCUGCUGAGGAGCUGCGUGUUCCCUCGCUCCCCCUAGGGCUGGACCCUGGUACUGCAGCUGCUGCUGCUGCUUACUUCCACUCAGGAUACCUGCCCCACCCUGCCCUCUCCUCUUACAGAAUGGAUGAGUCCCUCUGUUUAUCUGCCCUGCGCUCGCCCUACUACCAGCUGCCAGCGGGGGGCGCCCUGCCCUCCCUCCAUCCGUCCACUGCUCACCUCCACCUGCCGGGGGUCCGCUACCCUCCAGACCUCAACCAUCAGUCUCUGACAGCCCUGCAGAGCGAGAGGCUGCAGAUGGAAGAUAAGCUUCGCCAGAGAGAGCGGGAGCGAGAGAAGGAGAGAGCUCAGGAGGCAGAGAGAGAGAAGGAGCGAGAGAGGGAGCGAGAAAGAGAGCGAGAGAGGGAGCGAGAAAGAGAGCGAGAGAAGGAGAGGGAGAGAGAGAGGGAAAGGGAGAGAGAGAGAGAGAGGGAGAGGGAGAGAGAGCUGGAGCGACAGAAAGAGAGAAUGAAAGAGAGAGAGGUGCAGGCAGUGCGGGCGAUGGAGAGGCACUGUCUGAAAAAGGAGCUGUACACACUCCCUCAUACACACCACACACUCCCUCACCGGCAGCACACGGAGGAGAAGGCCAAGCUGGUGGAGAGACUCACACCAAACCGACCAGAGAAAACCAAAGAGGCCUCAGUACUGGCUCCAAAGCCACUGCAGCCUGGCCUGUACUCGUCCCUCCCCACACCCAGCCUGCUACCCUCUCCUGGUGGGCGUUUAGGGCUGGGUGCAGGGGGCGUUCAGGGGGCGCUAGCGGCCGCUGCAUUGCUCCAGCGCCAUGGGGAGGAGGAUAGAUGGCUGGCCAGACAAAGAAGACUAAGAACAGAGAAGGAGGACAGACAGGGCCCAAUGUCCGAAUUCAGACAGCAUGCUUCAGAGCCAGGCCCAGAGCCUCAGGAACUGCACAGGGACAUGCAGAGGUCUAACCCACACCAUCAGGACAUGAACGUCAGAGACCUACCUCACCAUUUGGGGGCACCACCUCCUCUCAUUUCCCCUAAACCUCCCCCUCGGGACCACCAUGCUAACCCUCCUACCACUCUCUGGAACCCUGCCUCCCUUAUCGAUACACCAUCUCACACGCGUCGAGGAUAUGACCCUCCAUUACCCCCCAGCCGUCCUCCCCCAGGGCUGACCAAACCGGACCGGAGUGAGGAGGGGGUCAGGAGGCUGGAGUGUCCUGACAGGGUCCCUCCACCGAGAGCGCACAGCCUCCUGGAGCACAGCACCUUCCUUGCAGAUCUAGAGAAGACUACUCAGAGCAUUCUGACCCAGCAGAGGGUCUCUCUGGCCCUGCCUGGCCCCUACGCAGAGCUUAGAGUCCCUAAGAGAGCUGCUUCUCCAAUCAGGGCCUUUUCUCAGGGACCUGGCCGAGCUGUAGAGCCCAUGCUGGUGUAUGAUGAGGCCCUGCAGCAGCACCGUAGACUGCUCAGUAAACUGGACCUGGAGGAGAAGAGGCGCAGGGAGGCCAGAGAGAAGGGUUAUUACUAUGAGCUGGAUGACUCGUAUGAUGAGAGUGAUGAAGAGGAGGUGAGAGCUCAUCUGAGAAGAGUGGCUGAGCAGCCCCCUCUCAAACUGGACCAGUCUAAAGAGAAACUGGACUUCCUGGGCAUGUUUGGUCUGACCACACUCUCCUGCCGUGAUGAGCUUUUGGAGAGAAAGCGGAGAAAGAGGAGGAGGAUGUUGAAGGAACGCAGCCCCUCCCCUGAACCUGUGCAGGGCAAACGGCAGGCGCCGCCCACUCCCACACCCAGCCUGACCACACGCUACAGCCCAGAGGACAUGGACAGUGUGCCUGAACUAGAGGACAAGAAGCACUUCCUCAGUAUGUUCAACCUCAACCAUGUCAGCCAAGAGCAGAGGAUAGAGAAGGAGAAAGUAGUGACUCUGCUGGAUGCUAUCAAACAGAAAACUGUGACCCUCGACACACUCCGAUAUGCUACACACACACCCUGCUCCAGCCCACCCACUACAGCCUCUGACCCUACACCAUCAGCACCCUGCCAGCCAAAUGAAAUGCCCCGCCCACAUUCUCGUAGCCCCACCCCUCCUGCUUCUCAUAAGCAUGUGCACAAUAACAGUCAGUCUGACUUCCGCAGACUCCAGUCUGACCCUCCUCGCCUUAAAGAGCCCCCUCCACUGGCCCCUCUGCAGGACCACACCCGCUUUGGAGAGGUUCACCCUAUCAGGAGGCCUCCCAGCCUGCAGGCCAGCCCCAGGCCGCCCCUCGUCCCUCUGAAGGAGCAUGCUGCUGGACUGAAUGGCCUGAGCGGCAGACCACAGCACUGGGAGAGCCUGAGCGCAGAGGAGUUCGCCCAGCAGUUCCACCAGUCUGUGCUGCAGUCCACACAGAAAACCCAGCACAAGCACAAAGGAGGUGUUACAGGAGUCAUGGAGCCGAACCAUAAGGUUAACAACUCAGUGCAUUACAGCCCUUCAGACCAACAGGGGCCACUAAACCGACUGCCUUAUCCUUACACCAAUGGACACUCCUGCCACCCACCAGCCCACCAGGAGCAUGCAGGGUUAAGUGAUGAGCGGUCUGCUGAGGACGACUCCAGUGAUGAAGAUGAUGAUGAAGAUGAGGAGGAAUGUUCUAGUCCCAAAUGGAAGGGGAUUGAGGCCAUAUACGAAGCAUACCACGAAUACAUAGAAGAGAGAAGUAUAGAGAGUGAAGUUCUGCAGAGUGAGUGCAGAAGGCUGGAGGCUCAGCACUAUCAUCUGAGUGUAACUGCUGAUCAGCUCUCUAUCACUAUGGGGGAGCUGUUGGCACAGAGGCAGAGGCUGGCACUGGAGAGAGAGCGCAUGCAUGCUGAACUCGAGCACUUCAGGAAGUGUUUGGCAUUGCCGGCGUUGCACUUGCACAGGAGCCACUAUAAAGGGCCGCCCCCCAGGUGACCCCACUUACCCUGCUGACUGACCAUUAGGGAUCUGGGCAACCAGCACCCAGCUCCCAGCUUGGGAGCUGGGGCAAGAGCACUGCAUUGAAGAGGAAGAGAGGGGAUUAAACUGUAGUGCUUAAACUUCUUCUGGUCAGUGCAGCAGUGGAAGAAUUGGCUGCAGUCACACUAGUUGGAAGUGGGCUGGCUUUGUCCUAGAGCUGUAUGCUGGUCUAAGAAACUGAAGAAGGAUGCUAACUUCUGAAUGAAACACUGGCCAGCACUGAGAAGCCUGUACUCACUGUAUUUAACUCUACAGUCCCUACUGCCAGAAGCUGCAAUGCCCAAAUAUAGAAAAAUAAUAGCCAGUCGCUUACCAGCCACACAGUUCCCACACUGGAGGGCCGAAACCUGCCUGACCGAACAGCAGAUGCCCAGAAGCAGCCAAUCCGUGACUUGAGGACAGCAGAGGAGCUCCUUGAUUCCUCCAUGUGCUGGGCCCAUGUCCUUCUUCCACUUAAUAAUCAUGAUGCACUUAAAACUGAACUGUUAACCCUCUGCUACUAAACUGUGGGACAGAAUGACUUUAAAAGGGGGAGAAAUAAACAGUUUAUUACUGAUAGAAAUUGAAAUUUAUCAUUGCUUCAGAAUCUGAUGUACAUAUUGCUGAGUUUUGUAUGAUUUUAUUAUUUUGUUUUAUUAUUGUGCUAUAAUUACAAAGCCUGCCAUUUUAAUAUUUGAAUGCUUUUAAUGGGAGAAAAAAAAGUGAGUUUCUGCUGGUCAGUAUGGGAGAGAUGUGGAGGAAGAAACAAAGAAAGAAUUCUAAUGAGAGUAUCCUGCCCUUUGCUAAUGGUCAGUGCUAUGUCAGUCAUUUCCUCCUGCUCCAAGGCCAAGACCAUUAUAAUUCCUCUGACCAAUCAGCAGCCAAUGACUCAUGCACAAUCUCUAUCCCUUCUUUAAUUAGUCCUGUGUUCAUCCACAGCUCAUAGCUGCCAUAGCUCAUAGCAGCUCCAGAGAACAGAGUUUGGACCUGCAAUCUAAAAGUCUAAAAGUGCCACAGUAUUUUUGUGCUAUUUCAGUCACUGAUAUCGUUGUACAGGAGCACUUACUUGAGAUGCUGCAUGAAAGUUACUGUACUGGACAGCAGUGCACUAAUUGCAGUGAAAUGUUUACAGUGUGUUCUUGCCACAGAGAAGCAUUCCUGUUAGUGGACCCUUCCCAGCACAAAUAAACACAGCCUGGUGUCAGUGACCUGCUAUCAUAUUGACGUACCUAGCUCAUUAUAAUGACUGGAAGAAAUUCUGGAUGCUAAAAUGGUGUUAAAAAUAGAAAGGAGCCAGGCAAGGAGCGUUAAAGAUGAUGUAAAAUGUCCCCCUCUUUUUUUUAUGCUGUGAAAAGUUUUAAUUGUACCCUUUUCUUUGAAUGAAGUGCAAGGUAAUAUAUUAUUUGUCGAACGUAGUAAUAGUUAUUUAUGAAUUUAUUGCUGUAAGUGCAGGCAAAAAGGAAGUAAAGUCUGAAAAAUAAUGCAGAUGAUGUUUGGUCACUUAAUCAUGAUCCUAUUUAAAAACUGCAAGGAAAUGCUCACCAGAGAUAAUGUACAGUGAUAACUUGAGCUGUAGUUUUUAUUUUGAAACUUAUAACAAUAUGAUUUCUGCUUUGGUAAAAUUUCAUUUCUACGUUUCUAAUGUAACAGGAAAUUUCUCAUUGGAGCACUUUUUGCCGGCCAGGUGUCAAGAGAAAGACAUAAGUAAUAAAGUAAUACUUUUCAUUUA